AUGCAAGAGUUCACCUUGGAAGACGUGGCAGCUCACAAAAGCAGAGAUAAUCUGUGGGUUGCCAUUCAUGGAAAAGUCUACGACAUAACCAAAUAUGUACGAGACCACCCUGGCGGAGCAGACGUCCUAAUUGAUGUCGCCGGAACCGACGCAACAGCCGCAUACGAGGAUGUCGGACACUCAGAAGACGCAGACGAGAUUUUGGGGACCUACCUAGUGGGCACAGUCAAGGAUGCCCAAGAUUUCAAACGGCCCAAGGCCGUUCGUUUGGUUCAGCAAACCCCUGCCAAACCUGAGGCCAAAGACAUCAAGAAGCCUGUAUCCGUCAUUAAAGCCCUGACUAUUGCAACGGGAUCUCUCGGGGGCUCAUUUUUGCUGUACCUAUCGUCACGCAGUCCCAUAGCCCUUCGCGAGAUUUUGACAAAACUGCCUCAGUCAUCGCUAAAGCACCUACCGGAAAUCCAUGUGCCCUCAGGGGGAAUCCUCCGCGGAGGAUUCUCAAGCGGCUUUGUCGCCGCGACAGCAGUUUGCGCAACCCUCGGCAGUAUAAUCGGAAUAAAACUCUCCAAAUUCACACACAUCGAGUCAGGCUUUACACGGUAUCCUCCACGCAUCAAGUCCCGCGGUUUGAAAAGGCCCAAUCCGCAUCUUGCUAAGGGCUUCCUCGAGCCAAAGGAUUACAAGAGCCUCCCCCUUAUCCGGAAAGACCAACUGGCGCCGAAUGUGUAUCGCUUCGUUUUCCAACUGCCCGGUCCACGGGACGUCAUCGGCCUCCCUAUCGGUCAGCACGUCGCCAUCAAGGCCAACAUCAAUGGUGUAGCUGUUUCAAGGUCAUACACGCCCACCUCAAAUAACCUUGACCUAGGCCGGCUGGAGCUGGUUAUUAAGUGCUAUCCGGACGGCGUUCUUACAGGCCAGUAUCUCGCGAACCUUCAAGUGGGCGCCAAAGUCCAGUUCCGUGGUCCUAAAGGUGCCAUGAAAUACCACAGUGGCCUUUGUAAGAAAAUUGGCAUGAUUGCCGGUGGAACUGGUAUCACCCCUAUGUAUCAGCUUAUCCGGGCAAUUUGCGAGGACGAUACCGACACCACGGAAGUGAGCUUGAUCUAUGCGAAUCGGAGCGAGGAAGAUAUCCUGCUACGUAGUGAAUUGGAAGCCUUCGCACGGAGGUAUCCGAAGAACUUUAAGAUCUGGUAUAUGCUCGAUCAUCCGCCGAAGAACUGGGCAUAUGGUAAAGGUUAUGUUACGCCGGAAGUCAUGGCUGCGAGGUUGCCAGAGCCAGCGUCCGACACUAAAAUCAUGCUUUGCGGUCCGCCGGGGAUGGUGAAUGCCUCGAAGAAGGCACUGGUAGCUGCUGGAUUCCAGGCUCCGGGGGCUGUGGCGAAGAUGACUGACCAGAUAUUCAGCUUCUAG